AAUACAUAGUUGUAUAUUCUAGUUGUAGGUCCUUCUGGCUGUGCUGUUGUUAUUUUUAAUAUGGCCAGUUUAUGAGGUUUGUCUUUCUUACCCUCCUUCAUAGCAUUUUUUUUCCUACAUGUGUUUUAAAUAUAGAAUAUUAAGCAAGUUCUUUAUAUAUAAUGAGGGAGACACAAGUUACGGAGGGCCACUGAAUUCCUUUGAAUUAGCUGUGACUGUACCUAAAGGUUUUGUGGAUUGUAGGAGAAACAGUAUUCCGUAGCUGUAGUUCAGAGGAAACAGGUACAGCUUGAAUUGAGGGCUUUGGGAUGUGGGUUUAUCUAUGGAAGGUCCUUUCAUGAGACAUGAAUACCACUUUUCAGUUUGCUGGAAACUGGUUGAAGACAUUGGUCUUCCUUCUUUCCUUGUCACAGCCUCGUACAAUGCCCACCAGGAGAAAUUGUCUUAGAGUUUGGUUGUGGGGAAAACUUGUCUGUAUGGUAUUGCUGAAAAAUAUGUAGAGCCUACCAGAACUACUAAAGAAUGAAGAUAGUAUUUUCCUCCUGGCAGAUAAAGGAAUAGUUUAGGGAAAGAUGUAACUCUCCGUUGACUUCUAUUUUUGAAGUUAUGGAUUAUUUUCUGUAAAAUAAAAAGGCUGACAUGAGCUUUAUAAAAAUGGUUUCCACUCUUGAGGAAGUUACUGGAGUUAGGUGACAGUCUGUGGGGCACUCACACUUACACAGCCUUCUUGAAGAGGCUGUCAGUUACUAAGAGGUUAUUUGGUAUUCAAGUAACUCAUCUCCCCGGAAUAGGGCCAAAGGCAAACCUACUUUCAUACCAAGCUACUCUCCCUGGUGAAUAUUUUAUUGUGUGUUGUAUUAAAAUUCAUGAAGAAGAGUAAAGCCGUGGGCUCUGCGAUGUCUAGAUUUGUGUGUGUCUGCAUUAUGUUUAAUGUUGAAGACAUGGAAAGAAACUAACUCUGGAAAUAUUUACCUUGAUGUUCUACGUAGAAUCACAUGUGAAGAUGUCAUGAAGAUUUCCUACUAAGAAGUACAUUUUAUAUCUUGGCCAGAAUGUGUAUAGCAUGUUUGUCUAUGAAACAGAAGUUUUUAAAAAUAAUUAUUCAUACUUUGCGUGAGAGUGUGCAAAGGAAGGGGAGGGAGAGAGAGAGACAAAUGCUAGUUGUAAGGAGAGAUUGUGUGUAUGGUAGAGUUUCAAGAAACAAUACAUACUCUGUGCUGUGUGCACUUCCAUAUUGUUAAAAUACAAAGUAAAACAGCAAGUGCCAUGGGUGAUACCUCCCGACAUUGACUUCAAAACCACACAGACCGUUUCAGUAUCUUUGUUUGGUCUUAAUGAUAGAUCUGCACACACACUGUUUUUUGUCGAGAAAGAAACACUAAAAUCGUAAGGUUUUGUAAAAAUAAGGUGGUAUUAUUUAUCAUUAGUGUCCUGGGCAAGUGUGUCCUCCCUUCCCUCUCCUUCGUCUUUCUUCACCAUCAGUGCAGUGGAUGAGAUUGUGAGGGAGGUUUUUUACUUAGUGUUAAUUUAUGCUGAAAAUUCCCGGGACACAAUCAAGUAUUUGCAAGCCUAGCAUAUGUAUUCAGGUCUUUGGGAAACUUUAAAUCUUCAAUCUGAGUCUCUGCUCUGUGUAAAGCAGUAAGUUCUUUCACUGGCAUGUUUUUUAGUCAAUGGGGAUAAUUUGUUCCAAGGAAUUUUCACUUUCUCCAAAUAAUUGAGACAUUCAUGUAGCAAGGCCACAUUUCCUGAGUAAUGUGUCCUGAUAGUUAAGUAAUUGCCUUGAUUUUUAUUUUAGAAUGGGUAUGUUACUUUUACUUUGUGAAAGGCAGUGGAUGCAUCAAAUGACAGAUUAAGUUUACAGUUUUGAAAGAAAAUAUUCCUACAAAAUAUUUUUCAAUUAAUGACACAUUAAAAAUCAGAUUCUGUUGAAUAUGAAGAACUGAGGCCGAUAUGUGUUAUCCCAUAGUGUUGGGAACUAAGGUGUUCCACAUGAAAGACUUUUCCAGAAAAGGAAAAUUAGGAAUCGUAACUCUAAUAAACUUGUAAAUUUUAAGAAAUGGAACACUUUAAUGUGUGUAUGUGUGUGUCUGUGUCUGUAUAUCUAUAUCAAGAGAGAAAGAGAAGUAUUUCAAACAUUCAGGAAAGUACAGAAACUAUUUUGGUAAACACCUGUGUACCCACUCUGUUAAGUCUUAACGUUUCUUCCUUGACUUCUCAGAGCAUACGUAGUAUCUGUCAGUCACUUAGAGGUGAUUCAAGUUAAUUGUUAGGAACGAAUGCCGCUCAGUGCACUGUGCGGUGUGAAGCUCACUCCCACUCAGUCCUGCAGGCCUCAGUGUGGCGUGUUCCUCUGAUUCACUGCUUAUUGCCACAGGUUUCUUGUUAGUGAACAGCAGCAAACUUUCCCUUUGACCUCUUAUCUAAAGCAGCCUUGGAAGAACAGGAUGGAUUUCUCAGUUGAGCAGCCUGAGUUUACAGGUACUCGUAUGGCUCAAAUGUGGUAUUUGUGACUAAUAAUUUUAUUUCAGUUUACUGCAGGUUAUGAUAGUGAAAAUAGAAAGACUGAGAUUUUGGAUCCUGGAACGCUCUCUCUGUGGUUUGGACAAGUUAUUUAACCGCUCUGUGUGUUUUGUUAGGACCUUUCGCAGAGGGAGGUUCUGAGGAUUGAGUGAGCUAAUGUAAGUAUCUGGCACAGAGAAGUUGUUCAGUAAAGGUUACUUUACUGUCACUAGCCUUAUUUCAAGUGAUUGAACUUGCUAAAGUCUGAUUUCCAACUGAAUGGAGAUGUUUCUACACAACAAUAUUCAAGGAUUCUCCUCACCCCCUACCCCAAACAAAGCAGAUUUUAACAUUAAAUUUCAUCUUAGAACCCCUAGUGAUUGUUUUCCUUGUACUUUUGGUUUAUUUAUGUACCUAAAGUCUGAUAGGCCCAUAACAAAUGCUUUGUGAACCUUAAACUAAGUGAAAAUAGAUUGUUCAGAUGAAAGGUAUGUGGAUAAGUCAGUUUUUGGGCAAUUCUAGCGAGCUCUUGCCAGAACUAGUAUCUUUGUUUUGGUCUUCAGAGACUAUUAAAUGUGAUUACUGAUUCAUACUUGCUGUUUUUUCUGUCCCCUGGCUGUCUCUCUUAAGACCCUGAAGCUUGCCAGCCACAGGAUGUUUCAAAGGCAGAGGAGGCCUUAGCCCAGGGGGAGUUUGUUUAUUUAAAGAAAAAUAAUUAAGUUCAAACAUCCCUACCAUGUCUUAGCUAGUCUAGUCAUGUUAGCGUUAGUGAGUUCUUUUGAUUCUCUCUGGUGGUCAUGGUGCCUAAAGGGAACAGAUAAAUUUGAAAGUACUUAAAACUUUUCUUGAGAUUACUUGGAACUUUAUAACGUAAUCCUAAACAGAGAUCCCUAAAGGAGUAGGAGGAAAGGGAAUGCCAUUUAUUUUACUAGUUGCUGUUUUUUAAUGGAAUUCAUUUAAUUCCAGUUUUUCCACCACUCCUUUCUAGAGUUAUGGUGUAGAUGAUUUUAAAACAAAACAACAACCAAAUAAGUAAAACCACACGAUGGUAGCUAUAUCUUCAUUAAUUCUUUGAAGUUGAGACCAUAAGAAUUUUUAAAAGGGGCAGUAUAGCUCUAUAGAUGUUUAGACAGAAAGAUGUGAAAAUUCAUGUUUGUGUUUCAAAUGAUUAUCAUCUCCAAAAUUUAUGACUUAUUUCUCCUUGUAUAUUCUCUGCCAGAUAAGGAGAUCCGAGACAGAUAUUUUGGGCUUGCCUAGGGUACCGGGGCAUAUUUCUUUGAUGAGAUAACUUGUAAAAACCUAGUCCUACAGGAAGGGGAGGAGGAAUAAGCCAGAGCGAUAUCUGGUGUUCCCGGCAGAGGGAACCCAAGUCCUGGUGCCUGAAGUGAGAACUUGCUCAUGCGUUUAAGGACAGAGAGCCAUGUGGCUAGAAUGGGGCGAGCAAGGGGGAGAGUGGUAGGUUAGAGAUCAGGAAGGGAAAUGUCACAUUAUAGUGUUUUUGGCCUUUGUAAGGACUUUGGCUUUUAGACUAGUGAGAUGGAGUCAAUUAGAGGGUUUGAACAGAAGAAUGAUGUGAUCUGACUUUCUUUUGAAAAGGACUAACUGACUGACUGACUUGUGGAGGUGAACAGGAGAGAGGCUGGGAGAUCAAAUCCAUGAGAAGUGAGUUGCUGGGACCAUGAUGAAAUGACCGUUAAGAAGUAGAUGCCCAGAUGCAAAAGUGAUGAAACAGUCAAUUUGUCAUAAAGUAAGAUGCAGCUGUGGCUUUGCAACAAGAUUAGAACAAAAUUGUAUCUAUUUUUCUCAGAAGAGUGUUCCACAAGGUUAGGCCAGCAAACAAAGACAACAUGGUGUUUUGAAGUAUGAUUGAACUCCUGAUGCUGCAGCAGAGGCUAGGAGUAUUAAUGGCCAGAUCUAGUGUUCACAUGGUCUUCUGAAGAAGCCAUGGGUAGCUGUUGUAGCUGUCCAGAUAAAGACACUGUCCCGGAUAACCAUCGGAACAAGUUUAAGGUCAUUAAUGUGGAUGAUGAUGGGAAUGAGCUAGGUUCUGGCAUAAUGGAACUUACAGACACAGAACUGAUUUUAUACACUCGCAAGCGUGACUCGGUGAAAUGGCAUUACCUCUGCCUGCGACGCUAUGGCUAUGAUUCGAAUCUCUUUUCAUUUGAAAGUGGUCGAAGGUGUCAAACUGGACAAGGGAUCUUUGCCUUUAAGUGUGCCCGUGCAGAAGAGUUAUUUAACAUGUUGCAGGAGAUUAUGCAAAAUAAUAGUAUAAAUGUGGUGGAAGAGCCGGUUGUAGAAAGGAAUAAUCAUCAGACAGAAUUGGAAGUCCCCAGAACACCUCGAACACCUACAACUCCAGGAUUUGCUGCUCAGAGCCUGCCUAACGGGUGUCCCCGAUACCCCUCCUUUGGAGACGCCUCGUCCCGUCCCUCCAGCAGACACCCCUCUGUGGGAAGUGCCCGCCUGCCCUCCGUUGGGGAGGAGUCUACACACCCUUUGCUUGUGGCUGAGGAACAAGUGCACACCUAUGUCAACACUACAGGUGUGCAAGAAGAGCGGAAAAACCGCACAAGUGUGCAUGUCCCAUUGGAGGCAAGGAUUUCUAAUGCUGAAAGCAAUACACCAAAAGAAGAACCAAGUAAUAUUGAGGACAGGGACCCUCAGAUUCUUCUUGAACCCGAAGGAGUCAAAUUUGUCUUAGGACCAACCCCUGUUCAAAAGCAAUUAAUGGAAAAAGAGAAACUGGAGCAACUCGGAAGAGAUCCAGUCAGUGGAGGUGGUGCAAAUAGCACAGACUGGGACACUGGCUAUGACAGUGAUGAACGAAGAGAUGCACCUGCAGUCAGUAAGCUGGUGUAUGAAAAUAUAAAUGGGCUAUCCAUCCCUAGUGCCUCAGGGGUCAGGAGGGGUCGUCUGACAUCCACCAGUACCUCAGAUACCCAGAAUAUCAACAACUCAGCUCAGAGAAGAACUGCAUUGUUAAACUAUGAAAAUUUACCAUCUUUGCCUCCUGUUUGGGAAGCCCGCAAGCUAAGUAGGGAUGAAGACGACAAUUUAGGACCAAAGACCCCAUCUCUAAAUGGCUACCAUAGUAAUCUAGAUCCAAUGCACAACUAUGUAAAUACAGAGAAUGUCACAGUGCCGGCAAGUGCUCACAAGGUCGAAUAUUCACGGCGUCGGGACUGUACACCCACAGUCUUUAACUUUGAUAUCAGACGCCCAAGUUUAGAACACAGGCAGCUCAACUACAUACAGGUUGAUUUGGAAGGUGGCAGUGACUCUGACAACCCCCAGACUCCAAAGACGCCUACCACUCCCCUUCCACAAACCCCUACUAGGCGCACAGAGCUGUACGCUGUGAUCGACAUCGAGAGGACUGCCGCCAUGUCGAACCUGCAGAGAGCUCUGCCUCGAGACGAUGGCACGUCUAGGAAAACGAGACACAAUAGUACUGACCUGCCCAUGUGAGCCUGGGAAGCAUUAUGUUGUUUGCACCUUUGUGAAGUUUUUAAAAAGGAAGAUGCAAGUGCUUCAUUUUCAUUUCUAAACACUAACUCCUUUUAUAGACUUGAUAAAAUUUUUUUCUGAAUAUUUCAUGUGCUUCUUUAACUAAAGGGAAUUAAUAUAGAGCAGGUACUCAUUAAAGAACACUAAUUUCAUUAUCUACUACUCAUUAUUGUACAGCAGCAUUCCCAUUUUCACAGUGCCUAUUUAAAAUGAGAGUUGAAGUGAGUGACAUGCUGGUUGAUUUUUAUCAAUAUUAUGGACUUAUGCAUAUCAUUCAUGUUGAAGUCAUGGUUGGCAUUUGAAACAUUUUAUAAAACCUCUUGGUAAUGUGCAGUGCUAACAAAUAACUCUAGGCUUUGAAGGUACUAUUUGUAGAUUCACUCUUCAUGGUAUGUGGCCCCCAGCAUGUAAUACGAGGAAUCCUUUAUUUCAUUAAUUGUAGGCUUUUUGACUUGAGCCAAAACAGAUGGAAAGGAAGUAAAAGCACCACACCUCUGUGGAUGCCAGUCAGUUCCUUGCCUUCAGUGUUACUAGAAAGAGUCCUGUUUCCGUGAAUGCGGUUUGCUGUUGGUGUGUUGAAAGGCAGGAAGGAGACAAGAUUUUCUGUUCACUCAUCUCAUGAUGUCAUUUGAAGGGCAUGCCCAGAUUCUUAAUCAGAAUUACAAUAGGCUCAAGAAUCAGUCUCAGGUCACUUUACCCAAAAGCAUUUGAAAAUCUGAACCAUGAUCUCUUGACAGUCCUUCUCUUGUGGAUUAUUAGCAGAAACAUUGUUUUCCAGAGGCGUUUUUGCCACUAGGUUGCCGUUUACCUUCCCUUUUUUCCUUUGGUGUUGGGGUGUCUUAUUUUGUUGCUUAAUGUCUUUUUCAAUUUGAAAUGUUUGAGUUUGUAUAUAGUUUUGAAAUUGGAUUGUGUGUUCAUUGUUGUUGAAUUUGCAUUUUUGUCCAUUUGUGGUUUUGAAGGUUCAUUUGGAAGUUGCUGUUAUCUACAACAGGGUUGCCCUUGUCCAGUAUUUAUUUAUAUGCUGUUUACUUUUCAAGUUGAUAAAAGCAUUCUCUCAAUUCUGAAUUUCACUUGUGUCCAUAGGUGAUCUCUUUAGCAGCUGAGGGAAAAAAGGAAGCUAUGUGUAGCAUGCAGAGUCCCUGAAGGUACUGUUGUUUCCUGGGUGGGCGCCCUCCCCAGCACCUUAGGAGUGCGUCCCUUAGUACCACACUGCAGUCGUCGCGCCCAGCGCAGUGCUCCUGGCUCUGUGUCCUUGCGCUCACGACUGGAGCUUAGAUUAUCCCUUGAUUUCAGUAGAAUGGUAAGACUAUUGCCAGCCUAGCAGGUACAGUGGAAGUCUUGUAGCAAUGAGAUUGUGUCAUAAUUUAGGAUUUAAAAUGAAUUGAAGUUUAUAUAAACUGAUGUGAAUCCAUAUGUCUAACUCUUGGAAAAUCAAAAUUUUCCAGUUUCCCAAACACUAGAGAAUACAAGAGAAAGUAGAGUGGAAAGAAGGUUAGGUAACCUCGCAAAAUAUUUUACUGUUUUCUCUAAACAUGAGGAAGUUUGAAAUUAUGAUCGGGAUCUACAGAUGUAACUAAGGUUAAUUUCGCUUGAAAUACAGCAUCCAACCUGUUCAGUAAAGAACCUAAUUAUAGAACAGUGAAUGGAUUAGCAGAAUAAUAGAGUGGGACCAUUAUAAAGAAGGUAAAUUAUUAAAGGUGUCUUUACCCUUUUCAGUGCUGUUGGUUUACGUGCAUAGCAGAAUCUUCUUUUCUCCCUGUGAACUUGGUGCUUACUAAAGUGCUCACUCUUCUGUCAAAAGAGAACAGUGGUAUAGGUGGGCCGUUUCCACUUUUAAUAUAUUGUCCCAUUUAUGCUUGCUUCGGAGUAGAUUGCUAAUCGUGCCAAAUUUAUGUGAUGAUUUUUGUAAUGUAGAAUAAGAAUUAUGAUGGAACCAGUACACCUGGUUUUCUCCAAAACAAGCAGUCAAGAAGAACAUUAACCUCCAAAUGAAAGGGCUGACCUAUUUAUUCAUUUUGGAGGUUGGAUACUUCAUUUUCUUUCUUUUGCUCAUCCUUUCCAUUUUUCCUUCCAGAUUCUAAUUAGUUUUUAUAUUUUUUAGGUAACUCCAAUAUAAUCAUUGCAGUUUAUGCUUUAAAUGCUGUGUGCUUUAAAAAUGAAAAUGGGACCAAUUUGUCUGCUAAGAAUUUGGUUUUAGGUACUAUGAGUAUUAGGAAGAUGUAUACAACUGGUGUUAAUUUCUAGAUGUCUCUGGAAAUCACCUGUGUUCCUAUUUAAUAAAAAGUAAUGUGGAACACUCCUUGUCCUUUGCAGUAGUCUAGUAUUGGGCAUUAAGCUCUGUGCUGGAAUAAUGUACUUAUUACUAGGUGCAUUUUAGAAUGAGAUAUUUUAUUGGGAUAUAAUUGUGGCCAUAUGUUUCAGAAUUUCUGAGACAGACCUAAUUUUAGAUAUUCUGUUCCGUUGAUGGACCAUGUGAUCCCACUUUCUGGUUUUAGAAAAAUAGUCAUUGUUCAUAUGUCUUUCCCAAAAUAGAGUCCUCUUUUAUUCAUAUAGAUCAUAACAGCUUUUAUCCCAGACCAGGGUUGGAAACUCAUGUGGGUAUGACCUGUGUUUUUUCUUAGUGUGUUUUAUUUCCCAGUUUCAUCUUCCUUUAAAAAUGAAAAUAUGGUGCCUUCCCUCCCUCCAGGAAGAUUGGCAAAUAGUUCCUAUUAUUUACUGCUGCUGUGGAGUGAUGAGAAAUGCACUUUACUCGUGAAGAUUCAGCAAAAAGCUUUUCACUUCCCAGUAUAUCCAGAGUAGAUCACAUUUGGGACUUAUGAAAAUUUGCCAAGCAGUCUUUGUUUUUAUAGUUAUUAAUGUUGACCCCACAGUUCAAUGUUAUGUCAGGCUACUGUUUGUUUAUUCUCCCCCUCCCAAAAAAAAAAAAUCUGUGGCACAGCAAAUAAAAUGUACCUCAAUAAUGUUCUAUUAAAAGUGGGACGGGGCCUUAUGUUUUCAUAAUUUCCCAGUAAUGUGCCACCAUAGUCUUGCCUCAAGGUGAGGUUUUAACAACCAUAAAAGUACUUCCCACUACCCCCCGUGCUGUUCCUAACCCUUAAUACCCGUGUUUUGUGCAAUGUGUAGUGUGUGUGUAAAUAUAUAUGUGUGUGCACAUAUAUAUAUCCACACAUCCUUGAAAUAGACAUGCCAUCAGAGACGACAUUCAGAAGUACCUGAUGUACGGGCAUCUCAUUCAUACUUCUGAUAUGUGAGGUAUAUGGUACUAAUUACCUUUUCCCUCAUGUUUGCCAAAUUUGAAUAAAGGCAUUGGUACGAAAUUACAGAAUGUAUAGAAAAUGUUUUGGGCUUGAAAAAUUAACAAAUAUUUUAUGACAUACCACAGUGUACUCUCCCCAAACCAGCACCCUAUCUAACUUUCCUGUUCUUUACAUCCCUUUUCCCAUCCCUAGUCCCUUGUUUUUUGGGGGUGUAACACAGUUCUUUUGUAGCAGCGUUACAAUUGCAGUGCUAUGACAGUUGGACCAUAAUAGCAUGGAAAUGGACUGCUAUUAAAAGUACAGUAGUCACCGCUGUGCCACCUCUGCAUUAGUAAAUGCAGAAUAUGCAUUCUAGAAAGGAUAAAUUUUGUUAUGUUUUUAUUUUCCUUACGUUGUAUAAUAUUGUAAGAUUAUUGUAUGUCCUAAUUUGCAUUAUAAAUGUUUUUUUCCUACGUAAAGGCAUAAAUAUAGCAACUUUGUAUAAAGGUAGCUUAUUAGAGUUUUAAUUUUUCUUUUAUAAAAAAUUGUCUAACAGUGGGACUACCAUUGCCAAAUUGUAUAUGAAAUAUGAAUUUUACCCCCUAUGGUUAGUUUCUUUUAUAAACAUUCCAUAUUUCUCUAAUAAAAGACAUAAGUGAUACUGUACUAUGCAUAAAUCAUAUUUUAAUGCUGUUUCAUAUCAGCAUUUUAAAUUUGGGUUUGCAUUUUUAAUAUUGGCAAAAUUUACCACUGUUGACUAAGAGCUUCUUGUGUGUGUAACAACAUCCGUUGUCCUCUCUCCCUCCCCACCCUGUGUUCUGCUUCUCUCCAUCAGUGCCAACUCCAUCCAUUUUGUAGCAUGGCAAUAAGAUAGAGCUGUUAUCCCGAGGCCGAGCGUGGCUCUUCAGAGAAGGUGGAGAUGGGAGGGUUGCCCUCUCGUCGUCCUGUGCAUAUGACACUUGCCGUAUAAACCCUGUCUCCAGGCAUGAGAGUUAUCUCAUAUAUGAUGUCAACAUGCUUUUAAGGACAAGUGUGAAUGUGCUUUUAAGCUUAAUUUUUGUCAUAACAAAUAAGAACGAAUUUUUUAUCUUUGGAGAAGUCAGAGUUCUUGAAGUACAAUCAAACCUUUAUUAACUGGAGUACUUACAGAAUAAGCUAAUAAUUGAAUUUAGUUCAACAAGGGCUAAGCAACACAUUUAAAAAAAUCCUUAUUUAUUGUAGAGUAUUAGUAUACUGUCCUAAAAGUUAUAUGCAAAAUAUGGUUUCAUCUUAGAUGAUUUAGGAUCUUGCAAUGCCUUACUGUUAUCAUUCUGGCAUAAAUUCCAUGAUGAGGUACUCAAGUUGAUACUGGAAGCUGAGCUGACUAUACACUGACCUUAAGCAUUCGUGAAAAACUGCUUUGUUGAAUAAAAUCUGAUCGGAGUUCUCAUGGUUACUUUCCCCUUAUUGCCGAAAGUAGAUUGCAAUAAAACCCCAAUAAAACUUUGGUUGGAUACCUA